AUGGUGGUGGAGCGCGAGGAGGAGGGAAGUAUAGAGUGCCCUGUGCUGGUAUAUGAAGAUCUGUCGUUCGUCUACAUCAAGCACAAGAAUGUAUACAUUGUUGGCACCACUCGUAAGAAUGCCAACGUUGCCUUGGUGACUGUGUUCAUGCAUAAGCUGGUCGAGGUGUUCCGUGAGUACUUCAAAGAGCUUGAGGAGGAGAGUAUCCGUGAUAACUUUGUCAUCAUAUACGAGCUUUUCGACGAGAUUAUGGAUUUCGGCUACCCACAGACCACAGAAACAAAGAUUCUGCAAGAAUACAUCACGCAAGAAUCACACAAGCUCCAAGACGCGACAGGUGCUGCCAAUCCCCCGAUGGCAGUCACCAAUGCGGUGUCUUGGCGAUCUGAGGGCAUCAAAUACCGGAAAAACGAAGUGUUCUUAGAUGUUGUGGAGAGUGUGAAUCUGCUCACGAAUGCGAGAGGACAGGUUCUUAGAUGCGAGGUUGUCGGUGCCGUGAAGAUGCGUGUGUAUCUAUCAGGCAUGCCUGAACUCCGUCUUGGUCUAAAUGAUAAAGUAUUAUUCGAAAGCACAGGCAGGGCUUCCAAAGGCAAAGCCGUGGAGCUAGAAGACGUCAAAUUUCACCAAUGCGUACGGUUGUCGCGUUUCGAAAACGACAGGACGAUAUCUUUCAUUCCUCCAGAUGGAGAAUUCGAACUUAUGUCGUAUCGUCUGAGUAAUCAGAUGAAGCCGCUGAUCUGGGUAGAGUGCGUGGUUGAAAGGCACUCGCACAGUCGAGUAGAAUAUAUGAUCAAAGCGAAAAGUCAGUUCAAGCGCAGAAGUACAGCUAAUAAUGUAGAAAUCAUGAUUCCCGUUCCAUCAGAUGCCGAUACACCCAAGUUCAAGACGGGACAAGGGUCGGUUAAGUACGCGCCGGAAGAGAAUGCUAUCAAGUGGACAAUUAAACAAUUCCCUGGAGGCAAGGAGUACAUGCUCCGAGCCCACUUUGGACUACCAAGUAUUGAACAAGAGGAAGAUGAGGGUAAGCCGCCCAUCCAGGUUAAAUUCGAGAUUCCUUAUUUCACCACCUCUGGUAUACAAGUGCGGUACUUAAAAAUUAUUGAGAAGAGUGGUUACCAGGCCCUUCCAUGGGUGCGAUACAUCACACAAAAUGGAGACUACCAGAUCCGCAUGACAUAG